AUGGCUCUACAGUAUAUCCUCAGCGAUGACGAUUCACUCUCCUCCGCUCCAAGUACUCCAAGGUCGUCGGUACAAACUCCGCCAACAACUCCGCCGUGGUCGGCAGCGUCAGCCAUCACAACGCCUGGGAGUAGUGGAACGAGCCUGAACCAUCGUCCAGAGCUUAUCUACAUCUCUGACUCCUCACCUACUCGGACCCAGCGCCCCCGCGCUGAUAGAACAGCCCAGCGCAAUGGGGGCAAGUGCCCCGACAUUGAGACAGCGAGAAACACCUUCUUCGUGUCCAUAAUAAAAACAAUACGUCUCCUUCUCGGGAAUGAGCACACUCCUGAGAAUCUGUCUCGCUUGGCAGGUUCUGCCCAUGGUCCUAUCACACCCUACAAGCUAUUGCAUUCCCAGCCGAAAGGGAUUCGUGCCACGUUGAAGCCAUACCAAUUGGAGGGGCUUUCGCGGAUGAUAUACUGGCGAAACAACGGGAUUGGAGGUAUACUCGCAGACGACAUGGGCCUUGGCAAAACCCUCCAGGCCCUGUCCCUUUUCCAGUACGUCAAAGAGAACGAAGAAGGAGGCAAGAAGUUUUUGGUCGUCUGCCCUUUGAGCGUUCUCAAGACUUGGAUGACCGAGAUCUCCAGGUGGACAACGGGGUUCAGGCCAAUGUCGUAUUACGGGAGCAGCGAGGAGAGAGAAAAGCUUCGCAGGCUUUUUCGACAGCAAGAGAGCCAGCCCGUGGACAUUGUUGUGACGACAUACGAGACGCUUUGCAGUGACUUGUGGUUCUUCCAGAAGACCGUCUGGGCACACGUGGUUCUCGACGAAGGCCAUCGUAUCAAAAACAGCCAGGCUAAGAGAACGCAAGGGAUAUACAGGCUCCGGUCAGAGUUUAAGCUUGUGCUCACUGGCACUCCUAUCCAGAACGACCUCACGGAACUGUGGUCUAUCUUGCAUUGGUUGUACCCGGAUCUCUUCUUGCCGGCUACGGCUCAACUCUUCGAAGACGCUUUUUCCCUCAGAGAUGGGAAGUUUGAUAGUGGCUUCCUCAGUCACGUUACCCGCUUCCUGAGAAUUAUUAUGCUACGCCGUACCAAGAACGAUUCCCAGAUCGACCUCAAUAUACCUCCGAAGAAAGAGACUGUGCUCUCCGUGCCGCUUACCGAGCUGCAACUCGCAUGGUAUAUCAGAAUACUCACUGGCGUGGAGAGAUCGAUCUUGCUAGGCGACAGCACCCCACAGAGCGAGUCCCAACUCGGCGUCGCUCCAGAGUCGGAUAGCGCCGUGCAGACGACAGAUGUAUGGGAGAAAAAUGUGGCAGCCGAUGCCAGGAAGAGAAGUCGCAUAACGACCAACACGCUGAUGGAACUGCGCAAAUGCUCCAUCCACCCUUAUCUCCUGGCCGACGCUGUCCCAGAACAGUACCACAUCGGCCGGCACGUCAUCGAGGCAUCGGGCAAAUUCAUCCUUGUCCAGAAGAUAAUCCACAAAUUUGUAGUUACGGAGAAGAAGAAAGUCAUCAUUUUUUCAGGAUUCGAUCAAACACUCAACCUGUGCGAGGACCUCCUGGAGGUGGAGAAAGCGCAUGCUCCCUUUAAGCAUGUCCGACUAGACGGCAGCACAUCCUCCGCGUGGAGGAAUCUUUCGGUAUUCCUGUUCCAGAAUGAUCCGCAAUGCAUGGUGUUCCUCCUGUCAAUUCGCGCCGGCGGAGAAGGCCUCAACCUGGUCAGCUCUUCGACCGUGGUCUUCCUCGACGACGACUGGAAUCCGCAAGUCAUGCGGCAGGCUGAGUCGAGAGUGCAUCGAAUCGGCCAGACGCAGCCCGUCCAGAUAUUCAGAAUCCACUCCAAGGGAACCGUGGAAGACCAGAUGCGCCGGCGCUUGGAUAAGAAGGCCUACUUGGCAGACAAGGUCAUGGGGGAUCUGGGUAACGACAUCUCAAACCCUAUCGACCUGGAGGAGACUACCGAGGAAGAGAUCUCUUUGAUGCCUGGCAGGUCAAUCGUGCCGGGCUCAUUCGAUGCGACAGACCUCGCCAAUUCCGACUUUGAGUCCGUCAUGUCUUCUUGUGCCCUGGAUGAAGUCAGCGUCCAGGAGAUGUCGCUUGCGGAGAAAAAAGCAUGGCUUGGACGUGCGGAAAGAGUCAGGACGAAUAUAUUUAACGGCGAAAGGGUUGAAACGAGCUUCAAGAGGUUCUCUGUCUAUGAGGAAACCAUCCUCGACGUCUCCAAAGCAUCGCGCCGAAUUGGAAAGUCUCGUGUUGUCACGGUAGGAGAAUGGGACGUGUCCAAAGAGAGCAUGGAAAUGGCAAUCGCAUCGAGCCCCGUCAGUCCGACAUUUCCGAAGAAAAUAACUGAGGACAGGGCCCGCAAGGUCAACGAAGCUACGUGCUUCCUAUGCCACAGCCGAGCUCCGACAGCGUGUGAUACCUGCACCAGGUCUUAUCAUCCUGGCUGCCUCGACAAGGAGGAUAUGGAUUACAAUAAGAAGGGCAAAAACAUAAUAUGCCCCCAUCACUACUGUCACGACUGCGGGAAGACCGCAAGCGAAGCAGGCAGACUGCUCUUCAGCUGUCUAAAGUGCCCACGCGCCUAUUGCGAGACCUGUCUUGACUGGAGUCGCACAAAGUUCGUCGGAGAAAACCCGCCGUCUCAGGCCCUCGGCUAUUCACCCAAGAAUGCCUACUUUAUUGAAUGCGUAGGCUGCGGGGCUUCUGCUUUGGCUUCUGCGGGGAAGCGCUCUUUGGCGAGUCGCAUCCUGCACCUUGACCUUGGCCCAUCGAAGCGCGCAAGGCGCUGUUAG